AUGGGCGGCUGGGGCGGCUGUGGGACGCCGGCCGGGCCGGGGCAGAGCGCCAACCGCGUUGCCAAGACAUGCAGAGCGUCCGUUCUACAACCGAUAGUCGGAGAAGAAGAGGCUCCGCAUUCAGGCAGAAAGAAAGCGCCCCCAGCCCCCCACACCGCCCGUGGACGCCCACCCACGGGCCUCUCUCACCUGCACGGUUGCUCCUCGCAGCGCAACGGCCCCGAGCAGCCGGCACCACGCCUGCGCGAGCCCGGCCGCUGCCUUGCCCCGCCUUCCCGCCGGGAGGCUGUGAUUGGUCCGGGCGGGCCCCGCCCACGCGCUUUGAACGCGAGCGCGGCUUGCUGGGACGGUUUCGCCUUCGGCUUGCUGCGUCCCGGGAGGAGGCGAGCUGGGAGGAUCAGAGAGGGUCAGUGUGGGAGCGGAUUGCCGUCCGGGUGUUCGCGCGGAGGGGCUGCCGCCUCAGGACCGUCAGACCUGAGAGCCCGAGGAACCGGACGUUCGGAGCCGGGCUCCGACUGGGGGCGCGCUAGGGCCGCGCCCGCCACGCCUCCGACUCGGCCGCGGGAGGAGCGGCCGGUUCGCCUGAACCCGCGGGCGGCCCAGUCGGGACUUUUGCUUCCGGCCCAGACCGGCGUUAAGCCCGCGGAGCUCCCGGGGCUUCCCGUGGGCGGCGGGAGCGGGCCCCGCCGGGAGCCACGAACCACGCGGGAAUCCCGUUCCUGUCCAGUCAGCUGUCGGUCCUCACUUAUUGUCAGCACCCACUUACGGGAAUUGAAGUUCCGGUCGGUCCCGGGCGCGCCCGGAGUGGUGGGGCGCGCGAGGGGCUCCCACUACAAGUCCCGUGAUGCCUCGGGGCGCCGCCCGCGCCUGCGUGCUGAGGCCUCGGGGCGUGCGGGCGGCGGAACACGGCGGCAGCCCGGGGCAGCGGAGGGCGCGGGGCCGCAGGCUCGGCGCGGGGGCCCGCGGGUCCGCUUCGAGGACGGCGCCGUGUUCCUGGCCGCCUGCUCCAGCGGGGACACCGACGAAGUGAGGCGGCUCCUGGCCCGGGGCGCCGACGUGGACACGGCCAACGUGGACGGCCUGACCGCCCUGCACCAGGCCUGCAUUGACGAAAACCUGGACAUGGUGAAGUUCCUGGUGGAGAACGGAGCGAGCGUCAACCAGCAGGACAGCGAGGGCUGGACGCCCCUGCACGCGGCAGCUUCCUGUGGCUGCCUCAACAUAGCAGAGUAUUUCAUUAACCACGGAGCCAGCGUGGGCAUCGUCAACAGCGAAGGUGAAGUGCCCUCUGACCUUGCAGAAGAGCCUGCCAUGAAGGACCUUCUUCUGGAACAGGUGAAGAAGCAAGGGCUGGAUCUCGAGCAGGCGCGGAGGCAGGAGGAGCAGCAGAUGCUGCAGGACGCCCGCCAGUGGCUGAACAGUGGCAGGAUCGUGGACGUGAGGCAGGCGCGCUCUGGGGCCACUGCCUUGCAUGUGGCUGCGGCCAAGGGCUACUCCGAGGUCCUCAGGCUUUUGAUUCAGGCUGGCUAUGAGCUCAAUGUCCAGGAUCACGACGGCUGGACCCCGCUGCACGCGGCCGCGCACUGGGGCGUGAAGGAGGCCUGCUCCAUCCUGGCGGAGGCCCUCUGCGACAUGGACGUCAGGAACAAGCUGGGCCAGACGCCGUUCGAUGUGGCUGACGAGGGCCUGGUGGAGCACCUGGAGACGCUGCAGAAGACGCAGAGCGUGCUUCGAAGUGAGAAAGAGACACGGAAUAAGCUCAUCGAAUCAGACUUGAACAGCAAGCUGCACAGUAGACUCUUUAAGAACAAAGAGAAGAUGCUCUGUGAGGAGGAGACGCCCAAGUCCCACCGGAUGGAGGAGGAGAGCAAAGAGUCCAGCAGCUCCAGCUCCGAGGAGGACGAGGGGGAAGACGAGGCCUCGGAGUCAGAGGCCGAGAAGGAGGCGGGGGACCCUGAGGCCGUCAUCAACCGUCCCAGCCCUGACGGCAGGAGCAGCGUCACGGAGCAGACCCCCGCACCCCCGCAGAACGCCGUCCCCGCCUCUUCAGCCAGGAGACCCUCCAGUCUCUUCAGCAAGCCGGAAGAGACCAGGGAUGAGUCUCCGUGUUCAUGGAGGCUGGGCCUCAGGAAGACUGGCAGCCAGAACGUGCUGAGCGAGGCUGCCGGAGCCAGGGAGGCCCUUCGGGACCGGGGCGCGUCCGUCCACCGCUCGGCCUCCAGUCCCCGCAUCUCUGCCCUGAUGGACAGCAGAGAAAAGGAGAGAGAACCCAGAAGCUCCUUGAGUUCACUGGGGCCGCGGAGGCCGGGCAGCACUAGCGACCUCGAGGAGAAGGAGAACAGAGAGUCGGCUGCUAACCUGGUGCGCAGCGGCUCCCAGCCCCGGCAGCCCUGGAGGGACGCAGCCAAGGGGAGCGAGACCCCGCAGACGGGCGCUCCCUCGACCUUCGUGUCGACCUUCCUGAAAAGGACCCCUUACAGGUCCCAGGCAGACUCCACGGCGGAGAGAGCUGACAGCGUCGCCUGCAGCAGCCCGCUCUGUGUGAUCACAAACCGCCCCCCGCCCAGCACUGCCAAUGGGGUUCCAGCGGCCACUCUGCUCUGCGCCCCUGGCCCCGAGCCCUCUGUGGACGCCAGGGAGAAGAGGAGGUCGUAUCUGACUCCCGUCCGGGACGAGGAAGCAGAGUCCUUGCGGAAGGCGCGCUCCAGACAGGCUCGGCAGACUCGAAGGUCUACCCAAGGCGUAACCCUCACGGACCUCCAGGAGGCGGAAAGGACGUUCAGCCGGUCGAGAGUGGAGCGUCAGGCUCAGGAGCAGCCCAGCCUGAAGCCCGGGGUCCCCGCAGCGCUCGAGGCUGGUCCCCGGAAGCUCGAGCCCCUGGCAGCCCCUGCCCAGGACGCCGGGGAGAGCCAUCAGCCCUGGGUCCGGAGCCCGGAGGGAGAGCCAGUGUACCCUCCCCUGCGGUGUCCAGCUCAGCCCGACCAGCCCACAGCGCCAGCGCCCCCUCCCGCCCCGAGACCCUCUCUCUACGCCAGCUCCCACCUGCUCCAGACCGGUGGGUCCUCCGCCCCCGACUCGCAGAGCUCAGAGCCCCCCACAGGCACUGCCGGGCCGCGGCACAUGGACACAAACGAGGGCGAAGCAGCAGAGCCAGGCGACCAGCCCUCCGGCCGGCUGUCCAUCCGCGAGAGGCGGCGGCCCCGGGAGCGGCGGCGGGGCACGGGCAUCAACUUCUGGACGAAGGAUGAAGAUGAAACGGAAGUCCCGGAAGAGGUGAAGAAAGCGUGGCACCCGCUGCGGCUGGCAGAGAGGAGCCCAGGAGUGCGGGGUGGAGACCAUCGGAAAUCACUUGUGCUCGACUCUGAAGCGAGGUUCAGCUCCUGCUGUGUGCAGCUCACAGUCCUGCGGGCCUGGCGUGCGCUCCUGCCUGAGGACAGCUCUCCGGCAGUCCUGGCCCGCGUGUGACGGGCUCACGAGCAGCACUGUGCAUCUGUCCUCUCUCUUCCUCUGGGCUUUUCGUCUGUUUUCUUGGCCGUGCUGCAUGGCUCCCGGGGUUAGGGUUGGGGGGUCUUCGCUGCCCAACCAGGGGUGGGACCCAGGCCACCACAGUGAUACACUGAGUCCUGACCGCUGGACUGCGGGGACGUCCUCCUGCCGUUUCUCCAGGUGGAAGGGAUUUGUUGGGCUCUGACCAAAUGAAUUGAAAGAAUAUGUGCAUUUCUAUUGGAAACUAUGUAAAUGGAUGGUCUUUUUUCUACCCUAAAUUAUGUGACAGUAUGUUAUCUGAAUAUAUAUAAUAACUCAUCCUGAAAAUCAAUAGCUAGUUCAUUUUUAGAGAGGAAAUGGGAAUGCUCUGUCACUGACGCGCCCAGAUGGCAAUCGAGACCCAGA